AAGACCUGCUUUGUCGCGUCAUUAUGGCUGCUCGGCUGCUGCUAUUUGCCUUUAUGUGUGCUUUUGUCAAGAAUAAUGCACAAGCCCUCCUUCAACCCAGAGUCUCAGUGAAUUCAUUGCUGAUCACAGAGACAGACUCGGUCACAGUGAGCUGUCACACUUCAUCAGAUAUUCCUGUGUCUCAUUGUGAUUUCUACCACUCGACCUUGAAGAUAUGUGAAGGCUCGUGUGUCCAGACGCUGACAGGAGCAGAGCUGCUCCGGAGGGUAAAGAAGAUCUCACCUGCUGAGGUGGAACUGAAAUGUUCUUACUCUGUAAAGCUUGAUGCAAUUCAUUCUACAUCUCCAGACAGCGAUUCAUCAACCAUCAUGAUAAACAACCUUCUCCAACCAAAGCUGAUGGUGGAACCACUGGAGAUCACAGAGACAGAUCCAGUCACAAUCAGCUGUCAGCUUCCACCAUCUGUUAGUCUGUCAACAUGUUAUUUUGAAUUUUCAAGACAAAAACCUGCGAAAAGUCUCUCUUGUUUGAAGACACUGACAGGAAAAGAACUGCUCUCAAUGGCGGAGCAAAGCUCACCGUCUGAAGUUGAAGUGAGAUGUUUUUACCUGGAUGCAAAUCAAUCUCCCAUGAGCAACAUUUCCACUGUCAUCAUACGCAUUCCUCGUCCUGAACUGACAGGAUAUCCUGCAGUGAUCACAGAGAUGGAUUCAGUCGUGUUAAAGUGCUCGACUCCGUCAUCUUUUCCCGUGACUGGGUGUUAUUUGAAGUUCAUGAGAACAAAAGUUUCACAGUCCAUCUCCUGUGAUCGGUACCUGGGAGGAGUUGACCUUCUGUUUCUUGCAAAACAGACUUCACCUGCUCAGGUUGACCUAACAUGUUAUUACACUGUGAAGCACAAAGGAGCAGACCAGAUUUCUCCAGACAGCCACAUCCUCUCCAUCAGGAUAGAAAGUAUGUAUGAAUGGACCACGACCCCGAUGAAUGUACCUUUCAGUGUGACCACAGGUGUGACUUCGUCUCCAUGGAGUAACACUGUUAGUUCUCCUUCUGCCUCAGUAACUCCACGUAAACCAACACCAGAAGCCUCAAGCCCUGCCUCAACAUCAGGUCCUACUUCCUCUCCAUGGAGUGGCACUGUUAGUUCUCCUUCUGCCUCAGUAACACCACGGAAACCAACACCAGAAGUCUCAAGCCCUGCCUCAACAUCAGGUCCUACUUCCUCUCCAUGGAGUGGCACUCUUAGUUCUGCAUCUGCCUCAGUAAGACCACGGCAACCAACACCAGAAGCCUCAAGUCCUGACUCAACAUCAGGUCCUACUUCCUCUCCAUGGAGUGGCACUGUUAGUUCUCCUUCUGCCUCAGUAACUCCAUGGAAACCAACACCAGAAGCCUCAAGCCCUGCCUCAACAUCAGAUUGGUGGAAAUUGAUGGUGCUUCAAGUAAGCUGUGGACUGACUCUGGGCAUUUUCUUACUGGGAAUGACACUUUUCUGCAGCAAUAGAAAUGAUAAAUAUUUUCACCAGAGAGCUCAGCCCAACCACACUGGUGACUCUGUGGACAUGUGGAAUAUUGGAAGACUGCUACCUGCAGAUAACGACGAGACCUUCACUGAAGUGAUCUUUGAACCUGCUGCUGACCCUCCUGCAGUCUGAAGAGGACCAUCAGUAUGCCACGAUCCCUGAUGGCCAGCUGCACUGUCCCGGAUAAACCCAGUUUAUGACAAUCAGACACACUGAAACACAGGGAUUUUUAAAUUCUGCUUCAGGGAAAACACAAAAGCUUUUUAACGAUUAUGAACUGAAAUUACAACGAAGCGGGAAGUUUAGAAUGAUUCAUGUAAAAUAUUGUCUGCUGGUUGUAUAUAGGUUAUUUUUUACCAUUUUUUUUUGUUGUUGUUGUUGUCAAAGACAAUAAUGGAUCAAUGGAAUAUAUUCAUGUUGCUAUUAAAGAGUUAUUCCUUUAUUUCUGAUCAGUCUGCUGGAAACAUAAGUUAAAAUCUUUGUUCAGUGAUGAGGCUGUGACCAGUCAUUUAAUACAAUACAGAUGUGUAUUUCAGUGUGUCUAUUGUGUGUCAUGUAUUGGAUGUCAUGGUUUCUUUGUUGGGUCAAGAUUUCUACUCAAAGAAGUAACAAUUGCAUCUUGUGGACACCGUCACUUCUGCAUGUAAACAACGGGACAAAGUGUUCAAUUGGAAAAUUAAACUCUAUAUUUCAUUCAUGACUUUAUCAGAGCAUAUGUUACAAUAUCUAAUCCUGGUGUAGCAUCUCAGUGAUUUGAAAGAUUGGUGAAAUGUGAUAAAAUAAUUUUACAAGUGUUUUCAUUGAUGCGGACUUCGAUCAGUGAAUAAGUUAAAGAUGUUUUCCCUUCAUUGUUUCCGUGCUGAACCUCUGCAGGACUGCAGGGUAACUAAACAAUUUUCUUUAUUUUAUUGAAUAGCUCAACUUAAACUUCUUGUACAGUGUAACUGCAGACAUUUCAUAUGUAAUACAGAUUUGUUUUGUCUUUUUGGUUUAUUUUCAGACUUUAUC